GAGGCACUUUGGAAGAAUGACUCUGGAGUCCAUCAUGGCGUGCUGCCUGAGCGAGGAGGCCAAGGAAGCCCGGAGGAUCAACGACGAGAUUGAGCGGCAGCUCCGCAGGGACAAGCGGGACGCCCGCCGAGAGCUCAAGUUGCUGCUGCUCGGGACAGGAGAGAGCGGCAAGAGUACGUUUAUCAAGCAGAUGAGAAUCAUCCACGGGUCGGGCUACUCUGAUGAAGACAAAAGGGGCUUCACCAAGCUGGUGUAUCAGAACAUCUUCACGGCCAUGCAGGCCAUGAUCAGAGCCAUGGACACGCUCAAGAUCCCCUACAAGUAUGAGCACAAUAAGGCUCAUGCACAAUUAGUUCGAGAAGUUGAUGUGGAGAAGGUAUCUGCUUUUGAGAAUCCAUAUGUAGAUGCAAUAAAGAGUUUAUGGAACGAUCCUGGAAUCCAGGAAUGCUAUGACAGACGACGAGAAUAUCAGUUAUCUGACUCUACCAAAUACUAUCUCAAUGACUUGGACCGUGUGGCCGACCCUGCCUACCUGCCUACGCAACAAGAUGUGCUCAGAGUUCGAGUCCCCACCACAGGGAUCAUCGAGUACCCCUUUGACUUACAAAGUGUCAUUUUCAGAAUGGUCGAUGUAGGGGGCCAAAGGUCAGAGAGAAGAAAAUGGAUACACUGCUUUGAAAACGUCACCUCUAUCAUGUUUCUAGUAGCGCUUAGUGAAUAUGAUCAAGUUCUCGUGGAGUCAGACAAUGAGAACCGAAUGGAGGAAAGCAAAGCACUGUUUAGAACAAUUAUCACGUAUCCCUGGUUCCAAAACUCCUCUGUUAUUCUGUUCUUAAACAAGAAAGAUCUUCUAGAGGAGAAAAUUAUGUAUUCCCAUCUAGUCGACUACUUCCCAGAAUACGACGGACCCCAGCGAGAUGCCCAGGCAGCUCGAGAAUUCAUCCUGAAGAUGUUCGUGGACCUGAACCCAGACAGUGACAAAAUUAUCUACUCCCACUUCACAUGCGCCACAGACACCGAGAACAUCCGCUUUGUCUUUGCUGCCGUCAAGGACACCAUCCUCCAGUUGAACCUGAAGGAGUACAAUCUGGUCUAA